AGGGGAGACGUUGCCUUCCCAGGAUGCCGCUCCGUUAUGCGCCGGGCCGUCCGUGUCGCCGUCCUCCCCUCCGCUGAUGGGCGCUGCGGGCAGGGUCACCGCUUCGCUGUGUCCUUGCGGACGCCGGGCGGACGCUGCCUAGCAGACGCGCGCCUGCGAGCGAACGGCCGUGUUCUGAGGAGAGCAGCGGUCGUGUAAACCUCAAUAAUGUUGUGUCGGGCGGCGUGCAGCACGGGCAGGAGGCUGGGCCCUGUGGCCGGUGCCGCGGGCUCCCGGCACAAGCACAGCCUCCCAGACCUGCCUUACGACUAUGGCGCGCUGGAGCCACACAUUAACGCGCAGAUCAUGCAGCUGCACCACAGCAAGCACCACGCGGCCUACGUGAACAAUCUCAACGCCACCGAGGAGAAGUACCACGAGGCUCUGGCCAAGGGAGAUGUUACAACUCAGGUCGCUCUUCAGCCUGCACUGAAGUUCAAUGGUGGGGGACAUAUUAAUCACACCAUUUUCUGGACAAACCUGAGCCCUAAGGGUGGUGGAGAACCCAAAGGAGAGUUGCUGGAGGCUAUCAAGCGUGACUUUGGGUCUUUUGAGAAGUUUAAGGAGAAGCUGACAGCCGUGUCUGUGGGAGUCCAAGGUUCAGGCUGGGGCUGGCUUGGCUUCAAUAAGGAGCAAGGUCGCUUACAGAUUGCUGCCUGCUCUAAUCAGGACCCAUUGCAAGGAACAACAGGCCUUAUUCCGCUGCUGGGGAUUGACGUGUGGGAGCACGCUUACUACCUUCAGUAUAAAAACGUCAGACCUGACUAUCUGAAAGCUAUUUGGAAUGUAAUCAACUGGGAGAAUGUUACUGAAAGAUACACAGCUUGCAAGAAGUGAAACCUCACUCACGGCCACAUUGAGUGCCAGGCUCCGGGCUGGUUUAUAGUAGUGUAGAGCAUUGCAGCACUAUGACUGGGGUGCUGUAGUCUUUAUUGAUGUCUUUCCACAUACCUGAUAAUUCUAUGAUAAUUUCUUAUUUUAAUUAAAUCUAUUCUUAGGCAACUAUUUGAGAACAGCGCAUACUCUGUGUGAAUUGCUCUUGAUUGAACAUUUUCGUUAGAGCCUUGAAUUGCUUGGAUGCUAUAGCUGUCAUUAUAAGACCAUCAGAAAUAUCCCAUCUCUGUUUUGGGGGGCCUGUAGGAGAGUCUGUAAUCCUGUUCUACUGCAGUUAGAAAAAAAGUUGAGUUGUUCCCCCCUGCCCCCUGAGUUGUUGAAUAGUGAAAUAGAGAACCAAAUAGUUCUCUUUUCUAUUAAAAAUUGCUAUUUUUUGUAAGUAAUCCUCUAUUUAGUGGACAUCACCUAGUAGUCUUUGUUUAUGGUCACAGUUUCACAGUACACCAUUUUUUUCACUCAAACUCUGUAACUCAAGGCUGUGAAUGGAGUUCAGUGGUAGAGCCUUGCCUGUCUUAUGCAAGGCCCUGGGCUCUACCUCAGUAAUGAAAAAAGGUCAACAGACAUAGCUUUGCUCCUGCUUGAGGAGUGCUUAUUAUGAGAGGAAGGUAAUGGUGCCUCUGGGUUUUCUAUAGGCAGACAUGCAAAAACAGCUAAUCUUGUCUUUACAAACCAACAGUGUGCUGUAUGAAUGUGUUCAAGAUGGACAAAGUAGGUAGGGCCUGUCCGAUGAUGUCAGCCAUGGGCACUAGGCCACAGGGCAUUCUGGGAAGCCAUUCAGCCCCAUGAAUUGUAUAUCUCUGGAGAACUGGACCCUGGGUGUGGUGGCACCUUUCUCAGUAGCGGCAAAUGGGUUUCUGAGUGAGGUCAGUAGGGUGUCUUCAGAACAUUAGUUUUUAGAGACACAGAUUUUUCAUUUUUCUUUAGUUUCAAGAACUUACAGUCACAAGAGGGCCUUUGUAUUGUUAUUCAAUAGAAGGCUGCCCUUUCCCUGACAAGGUGACACAGUGCUUCUGACUGUGUUCCUGUGCACUGUGGAGAUAUCUGUCACAGGGGUCCUUAGUGAAUUUGCCUUUUCACAUUCGUCUCACCAUCUUCCUGUCAUCCUUAAUGUCCAUGUGAUGUUUUAUCGGUUGCUCAAUAGUCAAUAGUUUGUUGGUGUUUAAUUGUUGUUUAUUACCAAAAAGGCCGUGGGCGCCUCUCAUGCAUGCAAAUCCUUGUUAGUGGAGUAUUUUUUAAAGGUUUGUUUUCUUUUUAAUUAUGCAUGUCUGUGUAUGUUCUGUUCAUUGUGCCCAUGGAAGACAGAAGAGCUUGUUGGGUCUGGGUCCCUUAGAGCUGGAGAAGUUACAGGUGGCCUUGAGCGGGGACUUGGAUCAUCUGUGAGAGCAAUAAGCACUUGCCCGCUGAGCCAUCUUUCCAGCCCCCGGAAUUUUUUUUUUUUUUUUAAUAUUGAUUGUUUUCUUAAACGUAUUUUGUAAUUUGUCCCAAGUUUUUUUUUUUUUUUUUUUUUUUGGCUUUUUGAGACAGGGUUUCAUUGUGUAUCCCUGGCAGUCCUGGAACUCACUUUGUAGACCAGGCUGGCCUCGAACUCAGAAAUCCGCCUGCCUCUGCCUCCCGAGUGCUGGGAUUAAAGGCGUGUGCCACCACACCCUGCUCUUUUUCUUUUUUUAAAAAAGAUUUAUUUUAUUCAUAUGAGUGCAAUGUAGCUGUCUUCAGCCACACCAGAAGAAGGCAUUGGAUCCCAUUACAGAUGGUUGUGUGCCACUCUGUGUUUGCUGGGAAUUGAACUCAGGACCUUUGGAAGAGCAGUCAGUGCUUUUAACCGUUGAGUCAUCUCUCCAGCCUGGACCCUCUUUUUUUUUUUUCCCCUAAUUGAAAAUACUUCUUUUUAUACAAUAUAUUCUGAUCAUGUUUUCCCUUCUCCAACUCCUCUCAGAUCCUCCCUACCUCCCCACCCACCCAAAUCCACACCUUUUCUUUCUCCCUCCCAUUAGAAAACAGUUAACAACACACACACACACAUGAAUAGGACAAAACAGACCUUUUUAUUAUUUUAAACAGAGAAUCUCAGUGCUCACUCGUGUCAUCUUUUCCUUUCUUAGAGUAGAUUUUGAUAAAAAGAUAGUCAUACAAGCACAGGCAGCUUUUAUAUGCCCAAACCUAUCGUGUCCAUUUGGAAUUUUAAUACUUGGAUUUCUGACUGGCAGCAUUUAGGGUUCCCUUGCUUUUAAUCUAGUGGCAAGUUGUUUCAUAACAGUACAGCAUACUGUUAAUUCCUGAGUGUGUAUACGUUUCUUUGGCUCAUUGGGUCCUUGUUAUAUUUAAUGUUGUAGACAGCAUUACUGAACUGUUUUGAUGGUGUACUAUUUUUAACCAUUUAGUGAAAUAGGCUUACUAUUAAACAUUAAUUUAUAAGGACAUUACAAUUCAGACAAGGAAUUAUAAUUCCUAAGUAUGUGAAUUUGUAAUAAGAUCUCUUUAGAUCAGCGAAGCCCCUGUUUAUCUGAGAGGCGCCGCCUGCCAUGAGUACCAUGGACAGUGAUUUUACUGAGUCUAAUGUUUAGGCCUUCCAGUGUUUAAAACUGUUUUAUUGCAAGUUUGGCAGAGAUGACCUCGGUGAGUUCAUGGUGCAGUUAACGUGAUUUUUAUGCCAUAUUUGCUGAUUUUUACAGAUUAAAUUUAAAAAAUUACAUUUACAAAAUUGUUGUUUUGAGGAAUAUUGUUGUUGAUUUUGUUUGUUUUGUUUUGAGUGACUGUUAGUAUUCUUGAAUACUGUUAGACCUGACAGGAUUAGCUGUAGUAAAUUAUCAGUUUUAAAGGUGAGUGUUGUUUUAUUGUAAAAUGCAUGUUUUAGAUAUUUGGAAAAUACUAAUAAAAGCAAAGGUAACAAAGUA